ACGCUUCUCCUCCAUUUUUAUUUUUAAUUUUUGGUUUGGUUUCUUCUUCCCCAACUCGAUUCGAUUUAGGGUUUCCUAAUCGAUCCUCCUUAGCUCCCCUCUCGAUUCCGAUCUCUUUGUUGAUUUCGUAAUUCGCGUCGUGAUUUUUCGACUAGCUGUGGAGGUUCUUCUGGGCUGUGAUUUCCCGUCGACGAUUCCGCUGGCAAAUUAGGGUUUUCGAUGCGAGCGAGUGUCCGAUCAGAAUCUCUCUGAUCGAGCAAAUCCCAAACUCGGGGUUUCUUCCUUUGUAUGGAAACUCGGAGCCGCAAGCGUGCGGAGGCGACCUCAACUGCCCCAUCUUCUUCUUCUUCCUCACCUCCUCCCUCAGGUCCCACCACCCGCAGCAAACGCGCCCGCCUUUCGUCUUCCUCUUCCUCCUCUGUCACCACCCGCUCUCGUUCUUCUCGCUCCGUCGCUACUGCUUCUGCUGCUCCCGCUCCCAUGGACACCUCCACCGAGUCUUCUGGUCUUCGCCGAGGCGGACGAGGUAAUAGGGGAAACAACGACAACACUAAUUCUGACAAGGGUAAGGAGAAGGAGCAUGAUGUUAGGAUUCGGGACAGAGAAAGAGAAAGAGACCGUGCCAGAGAACAGCUCAACAUCGAUGCUGCUGCCGCUGCCGCCGCCGCCGCCGACGACGAUGACGACAAUGACAGUGAGGAUGGCAACGGCGGAUUCAUGCAUCCUAACAUGAGCUCCGCCAGCAGUGCUUUACAAGGUCUACUGAGGAAGCUUGGAGCUGGAUUGGAUGACUUGCUUCCUUCCUCCGGUAUCGGCUCUGCUUCUUCUUCCCACUUAAAUGGGAGGAUGAAGAAGAUACUCUCUGGCUUGCGCUCCGAUGGUGAAGAGGGCAAGCAGGUCGAGGCUUUAACCCAGCUCUGCGAGAUGUUAUCCAUUGGGACCGAAGACUCCUUAAGCACCUUCUCUGUUGAUUCCUUCGUCCCUGUUCUCGUUGGUCUACUAAACCAUGAAAGCAAUCCCGACAUUAUGCUUCUUGCAGCCAGGGCUCUUACCCAUCUAUGUGAUGUCUUGCCGUCUUCUUGUGCUGCCGUUGUACAUUACGGUGCUGUUUCAUGCUUUGUCGCCAGAUUGCUAACCAUUGAAUACAUGGACUUGGCCGAGCAGUCUCUGCAAGCUCUUAAAAAGAUAUCUCAGGAGCACCCAACUGCUUGUUUGCGAGCUGGCGCUCUUAUGGCAGUGCUCUCAUAUCUGGAUUUCUUCUCCACUGGCGUCCAGCGUGUAGCUCUAUCUACUGCUGCAAAUAUGUGCAAGAAAUUACCUUCAGAUGCAUCUGAUUAUGUCAUGGAAGCUGUACCAUUACUGACGAACCUACUUCAGUAUCAUGAUUCGAAGGUUUUGGAAUAUGCUUCUAUAUGUCUGACUCGGAUUGCUGAAUCAUUUGCAUCAUACCCUGAGAAAUUAGAUGAAUUAUGCAACCAUGGCCUGGUGACUCAAGCUGCGUCUCUUAUAUCCACUAGUAAUUCAGGAGGUGGACAAGUAUCUCUCGGGGUUUCAACAUACACGGGGUUAAUCCGAUUACUUUCCAUCUGUGCAAGCGGGUCACCUCUUGGAUUCAGGACAUUACUUCUUCUCGGUAUUAGUAGCAUUCUUAAGGAUAUUCUGUUGGGUUCUGGUGUCUCUGCUAAUGCAUCUGUAUCCCCAGCACUGAGCAGGCCUGCAGAUCAGAUUUUUGAGAUAGUCAACCUAGCGAAUGAGCUUCUCCCUCCGUUGCCAGAAGGAGUUAUCUCCCUUCCUACUGGCACAAACACUUUGGUGAAAGGUUCAGGUCAAAAGAAAUCUUCUCCAAGUACUUCAGGAAAACAAGAAGAUGCUCUAAAAGUCUCACCUAGAGAAAAAUUACUUGGUGAUCAACCUGAACUUCUGCAGCAAUUUGGAUUAGAUCUUCUUCCAGUUUUAGUGCAGAUUUAUGGUUCUAGUGUGAAUGGUACUAUUCGCCACAAAUGUCUCUCAGUUAUCGGAAAGUUGAUGUAUUUCAGCACUUCAGAUAUGAUUCAAUCUCUAAUUGGUGACACAAAUAUAUCGAGCUUCUUGGCUGGUGUUUUGGCAUGGAAAGAUCCACAAGUCUUGGUUCCUGCUCUACAAGUUGCAGAAAUUCUGAUGGAAAAGCUUCCUGAAACAUUCUCGAAAGUGUUUGUGAGGGAAGGGGUGGUUCAUGCUGUAGAUCAACUUGUCUUGGUUGGUAAACCUAUUUCUCAUGCUUCACCUACUGAUAAGGAAAAUGACUGUGUGCCUGGAUCUGCACGAUCUAGGCGUUAUAGACGGCGAAGUAGUAAUCCCAGUUCUGAUGGAAAUCAGUCGGAAGAGCUCAAGAAUUCUGCGUCCGUUAACAUAGGUGCAAACCAUAAUUCCGUGGAUACUCCUACAGCUAGCUUCAUGUUAAGGGAAACAGUUAGCUCCUGUGCCAAAGCAUUCAAAGACAAGCACUUCCCGUCUGAUGGUGGGGAUCUUGAUGUUGGAGUUACUGAUGAUCUCUUGCAUCUGAAGAAUCUUUGCGCGAAGCUAACUGGUAGUAUAGAUGAUCAUAAAGUGAAAGGAAAAGGAAAAUCUAAAGCCUCUGGGCCAUGCCUUGGAGAUUUUUCUGCUAGCAAGGAAGAGUACUUGACUGGUGUCAUUUCUGAGAUACUUGGCGAGCUAAGCAAAGGGGACGGUGUCUCAACUUUUGAGUUUAUUGGCAGUGGUGUGGUUGCAGCAUUGCUUAACUAUUUUUCUUGUGGAUACUUUUCCAAAGAGAAGAUCUCCGACUUCAAUUUGCCUAAACUUCGCCUGGAGGGGCUAAGAAGGUUCAAAGCUUUUCUAGAAGUCGCACUUCCUUCUGAUGGUAAUGAGGGAAAGAUCCCUCCUAUGACAGUUUUGAUUCAGAAACUUCAAGAUGCUUUAUCUUCACUGGAACGCUUUCCCGUCGUCCUUAGCCAUCCCUCAAGGUCACUAAGUGGAAGUGCUCGUCUUUCAUCUGGAUUGAGUGCUUUGGCACAUCCUUUAAAGUUGCGAUUAUGCCGUGCACCUGGAGAGAAGACACUACGUGAUUACUCCUCCAAUAUUGUUCUUAUAGAUCCAUUGGCAAGCAUAGCAGCAGUAGAGGACUUUCUCUGGCCCCGAGUUCAACGCAGUGACUCUGCUACGAAGACAGCAGCGCCUGCUGGAAAUACAGAGCCAGGCACGGUACCUAGCGGUGCUGGUGUUUCAUCACCAUCCUCGUCAACUCCAGCCUCCACCACUCGUCGUCAUUCUUCUAGAUCUAGAUCAGCAAUUAACAUAGGUGAUACCUCAAAGAAAGAACCUGUGCAUGAGAAAGGUUCCAGCUCAUCGAAAGGUAAAGGUAAAGGUGUUAUGAAGCCCGCUCAGGCGGAUAAGGGGCCUCAAACAAGGAGCAGUGCUCAAAGGAGAGCUGUUCUUGACAAAGAUACACAAAUGAAACCAGCUAGCGGAGACUCCAGCUCUGAGGAUGAGGAAUUGGAAAUAUCCCCUGUCGACAUUGAUGAUGCCUUGGUGAUUGAAGAGGAUGACAUUUCUGAUGAAGAAGAUGAUGAUAAUGAAGAUGUGUUGGAUGACAGUCUUCCCAUGUGCACACCUGAUAAAGUGCAUGAUGUAAAAUUGGGAGACGCAGUGGAUGAUGACGGUGCUGGUCUGGCAACUAGCGGCCGACAGAUGAAUCCAGCUUUGGGAGGCACUAGUGGAGCUGCAGCAGCACGGGGAUCUGAUUCUACUGAUGCUGGCAUUGGGAAUUCUUACGGUUCUAGGGGUGCACUCUCCUUUGCUGCUGCGGCGAUGGCUGGGCUUGGAGCUGCCAGUGGUAGAGGUAUCAGGGGAAGUAGAGAUCUGCAUGGGCGUACCCUACAUCGAAGUUCCGAUGAGCCCUCUAAGUUGAUAUUUACUACAGGAGGAAAGCAACUUAGUAGACAUUUGACGAUUUAUCAGGCUGUGCAGCGACAACUUAUGCUAGAUGAUGAUGAUGAUGACAGGUUCGGUGGCAGCGAUUUCAUCUCAAGUGAUGGAAGCAGAGUCAAUGAUAUUUACACCAUCAUGUACCAGAGGCCGGAUAGCCAAGCAAAUAGGUUGUCUGUUGGUGGAGCAAGUUCUACCACACCAUCAAAAUCCACUAAAUCGGCUACGAGCAAUUCUAGCCUAGAAUCUCAGUCAUGUAGGGCAUCUCUUUUGGAUAGUAUCUUACAAGGGGAGCUUCCGUGCGACCUUGAGAAGUCAAACUCUACAUAUAAUGUUCUGGCGCUCUUGCGUGUUUUAGAGGGUUUAAAUCAGCUUGGCCCUCGGUUAAGAGCCCAAACUGUUUCUGAUCGUUUCGUAGAGGGUAAAAUUACUAGUCUAGAUGAUCUGAAUACAGCUGUUGCUAAGGUUUCUCAUGAAGAAUUCAUCAAUAGCAAACUUACACCCAAACUAGCUCGACAGAUCCAGGAUGCGCUUGCUUUGUGUAGUGGAAGUCUCCCCCCUUGGUGCUACCAGUUAACUAGAGCAUGCCCUUUUUUGUUUCCGUUUCAGACCCGUAGACAGUAUUUUUAUUCAACUGCUUUUGGGUUAUCCCGUGCAUUGAAUCGCUUGCAGCAGCAACAAGGUGCUGACGGCAGUGGGUCUACCAAUGAACGAGAGAUGAGAAUAGGGAGAUUGCAGCGCCAGAAAGUCCGUGUAUCCCGAAAUAGAAUAUUAGAUUCUGCAGCGAAAGUUAUGGAGAUGUAUUCUAGCCAAAAAGCUGUGCUUGAAGUAGAAUAUUUUGGUGAAGUUGGUACUGGUCUAGGACCUACACUUGAGUUUUACACACUCCUAAGCCAUGAUCUACAAAAGGUUGCACUUGGGAUGUGGAGAUCAAAUUCUGGCGACAAGGUAUCAAUGCAAAUUGAUAGAGAUGAGAUUGAAGACGGGAAAUCAUCUGCAGCUAGGGACGGAGAUAUAGUUCAGGCACCACUUGGGUUGUUUCCUCGACCUUGGCCCUCAACAGCUGACGUAUCUGAAGGUAGUCGUUUUCAUAAAGUCAUUGAAUAUUUCCGGCUCUUGGGGCGUGUGAUGGCAAAAGCACUUCAAGAUGGACGGCUAUUGGACGUCCCAUUGAGUACAGCGUUUUAUAAGCUUAUUCUUGGUCAAGAGCUUGAUUUGCACGAUAUUAUGUUAUUUGAUGCUGAACUCGGCAAGACUUUGCAAGAGUUUCGUGUUCUUGUUGGCCGCAAGCACUAUCUGGAGGCAAUAGGUGGUGACAAUUGCAGCGCGAUUUCUGAUUUAAGUUUACGUGGAUCUCGUAUAGAAGAUCUAUGCUUGGACUUCACGCUACCUGGCUAUCCUGAAUACAUUCUGAGAUCAGGAGAUGAAAUUGUUGAUAUGAAUAGUCUUGAGGAGUAUAUAUCCCUGGUCGUUGAUGCUACUGUCAAGAGAGGAGUUGCCCGGCAGAUUGAAGCCUUUAGAUCUGGAUUUAAUCAGGUGUUUGACAUAACAUCUCUACAAAUAUUCACCCCUUCUGAGCUGGACUACUUGCUAUGUGGUCGUAGAGAGUUGUGGGAGGCGGAGACUCUAGCUGAACAUAUUAAGUUUGAUCACGGUUAUACUGCCAAAAGUCCGACAAUCAUUAAUUUACUGGAGAUCAUGGGAGAGCUUACAGCGGAUCAACAGCGGGCUUUCUGUCAAUUUGUAACUGGAGCUCCUAGGCUUCCUCCGGGUGGUCUAGCUGUUCUGAACCCAAAGCUGACGAUUGUCAGAAAGCACUCAUCAACCUCAAGUGCGGCAGCCAACGGAACAGGGGCUUCGGAGACGGCAGACGAUGAUCUUCCCAGUGUAAUGACUUGCGCCAACUAUCUUAAGCUCCCUCCUUAUUCUACAAAGGAAAUCAUGUACAAGAAACUUCUCUACGCCAUCAACGAAGGGCAAGGAUCGUUCGACCUGUCAUAAGCAUUUUCUGUUGAGGCUAUAUGUUAUAAGAUCUGAAAAAAAAAUAGUGGCAUGUGUUUAUUAUUACUACAAUUUUUUCUUAACUAAUGACAUCUUUAGUUAAAAAUAUAAGAUGUAAAAAUUUAUGGAUCAAGAUUUUAGGUGGGGUCUUUACUGAAAAUUAAGGAUUAGAGUUGCGGUUA